CCAAGCCAACCCCCAAACGAUGGGCUGCGCCACACCCCGGGUUUCGAUCAGGCAGCCUUCUUGGUCUUGGGAGUACUUCCCUUGCGUCGAUUAGGUUAAAUUGCACACCAGCUCGUUUAGUGCCGACGUACUCUAUCCUCGUCAUCCAAAAGUUUAUAUUCCCUACACCAGGAGAAAAGACUGAAAUACCGGCCUGAACCCUGUGUGGCCCACUUCCGAAGAGACCCGCCGUUGUUUACUCUUUACACUCCUCCGCUCCGCAAGGAAUCCAUCCUGUGCUUUUGUAUAUUCUCAACCUCUUGGCCCAUUGAAGAUUGACUCUUUUUUAAUCCUGGGGCCGGCAUACCUUCGCCGCGCCCGUCAUGUCAGCUAUCCCUGCGACCACCCAACAGGCACCCGUCGAGGCUCGCUCGCUCUCGUCCAUCACUGCAAUCGCCUCGAAUCCCCCCGCUUAUCCGCGCAAUCCCACUCAUGAGAAGCACGAUCCGCUGCAACUCUACAUUGUUCGAGUCCCAGGCAGUCAAGACAUAUUCCUUUCUCCCGUCAAGCCACCCACGAAGUCCAGCGUCUCCGCCGAAGCGAUCAAUGCAUCCCUAUACUAUCUCCAUGUUGCAACACCCGAGGACGAGGCGCUGCUCCAGGAAGUCGAACAGGAGCGCGAGAAACAGCUCCAUCGCCGCACCGAGGAACUUCAGGCUGCCGGUAUAGACGACCCCGCGCACCGAGAGUUUGCUCGUUUGAACAAUGUCCGUCGGAAACCUGUCGGUGGAGAACGAGAGCCUUCUGGUCAGGAGAAUGUCCUUGCGUCCGCAGCUAUACAUGCGCCCACGCUUGGGCCGGAAAAUGCUGCCCCUCCAUCAGUACCCCGCGGGCCAGUGCAAGUGCCGCAAGUCUCGGCGGAGAACCUGUCCUUUGCCGGGACGCCGGUUGCAAGUCUGCCCACAGAUGGGAAGGAUAAAUCGAGGCAGGGCUCGGUGGACUCGAUUGGUAAUGCAGUUGCGCGGCGGCCACUGCCCCCUCUGCCUCCGAACGAGGUGCCACUCAUUCAAGACCCCUCCAGCGGCGACGAUCGUCCCAGAAAGACCAAUCGCUGGAGUGCGUUUGUGGAUAAUGUCCAGACACGAGGAAAGGAGGUUUUGAGAGAAAAGUACGAGACCAUGUCCGCUGGUCGGCAUAGUCUAGACGCUAAUAGACCGCAAUUACCACCUCGCCCAUCGCAUGAUGGCUUUCGCUCACCGAAUCGAAGCCCGGGACAAUCUCCGUCUCGCCAGGCCAGAUCACAUCAACCUUCUCGUGGCAAUGCUGGAUUUCAUAUCACGCUCAUCAGACGUGAUCCUGGGUCGGGCACGCAAUGGAAUGUCGCGACGAUAUCUACACCCCGGAUGGACCGUAAUUCCGUUGAUAUCGAGAUCUCGACCCCGGGAUAUAACCGAUUUGCCGGCUCUCACGAACCGCUUUCUCUGGCGAGCCUGGCUGCCAAUCUUCCUCCGGAAAUGUUACGAUCGGCAGGGCCACCCUUGACAGCUUCGUUGGGGCUUGAGAAGCCCACUGAGAAGCAGACGCAACCGCAACCGCAGCCAUCGGGUCCACGCAAAUUCCACCGCCAACUAUGCGUCUCAAGGCAAUUCGAGGAUCCGAAUGGGAAUAUCCGCAGUGCUGUUGACUCUGGUAAUGGACAAGUCCCGGAGGGAUCCAAGCUGAAGAGUGGCUACUACGUCUUUAACUCUCCGUGGAACGGCAUCUGUACCUUCUCCUCUAGCGUCAACGGCCGCAGUCUCAAAUGCAAACACAUGAUAUCUGCUCCAGGCAAUGUCCCAACUAGCGACAGCGAAUCCAACCCGGCCGUGACCGUUGCCGAAAUACGCUUUAACACGCCCUUCCAAGCCGCCAACCUACACUAUCACACCUCGCAUGCCUCGCAUCGUCAACACCACCACCAACAGCCCCAUCCCCAUCAUCAAGCCCACACAUCCAACCCAAGUGCAGUCCCAUUUCCACCACGCCAUGACAUCCCCGAUCCAUCAGCUCCAGACUCGACAUUGAAACGAAACUCCCUCUCCCAGUUCCUUAACCCAAACAACUUCGCCCGGCCUCGCGCCCACUCCGGGCCCAACUCCCCCUACACACCCGUCACCCCCAGCGCUGCACCACGCACCCCCUUCAGCCCGACAAAUAUCAUCCGUCGCACCUCCCUCCGAUCCCCGCGCUUCUCCCGCGGUGACUUCCGCCAUCAAUACCCGGCCCCUCCACGCCCGCGCCGUAGUACAAGCACGAGCAGUGGAGGGCCGGACUCGGACGAGGAUCGGUUGGACUUUUCACUUGCGAGGGAGUUGGCGGGUGGUGGGAUGAGGGGGAAGAGUGCCAAGUUGGGGAAAUUGGUGAUUGAGGAUGAGGGGAUUAAGAUGUUGGAUUUGGUGGUUGCGGCUUGUAUGGCUGUUUGGUGGCGGGGGUAUUAUCAUUGAUCGUUGAUCAUGGGUCAUUAUUGUCUAUUGAACUUGAUGGUUUGAUGAACUGGUUUACAUAGCUUGGUGUUUGUUAGGUAUUCUAUAGAUAUCUUACUUUUGUAUGUUCAUUGAGCUGUUGGCUUAAGCGGAAUUAUAUAUUUUUUCCCUCCUUCACUCUUCAUGUCCAAUGAGCGCUGCUUUUGGCAAUCUAAACCUUCCAGUAAAUUGCAAAACUACACAAAAUAUCCACUUUAAACACACGGAUCUGACUACAAUAAUCUAUCUAUGCAUACCAAUUCAAGCAGAGAGUAUACCCGACUCGAGAGCGGUCACCUGGCUGCAAUCCAAGUGGUACCAUGUAUGGGCAGUCACGAAACAACGAAACUUCAACAAAGAAGCAAGUCGAGCAAAGAGGGGAAAUGGCAGAAGAAAGAAAGUAGCAGUAGCAACUAAUAUAAAGAAAGAAAACAAAACAGAUCAUGCAGUUCGUCCGGUCUUUCUCUCGGAAGGUAUCUCUUUGCUAAUUCAUUAUGUCAACAUGCAGAAAGGGGUAAAUCAACACAUGAUUAUUGGCAGAUCCAGUCGAGCCAGAAAGAGAGGGAGGGCAAAAAUCGCAUUGCACGCAUGAAAAGGAGGAUGGAAGUGGAAGAGAGACACAAGGCAAAAAGAGGCUAAUUUUUUCCUCGGGAUUCCAUGUCCAAUGCCAAUGAGAAAGAAGAUCAAAAUCAAUGGUGCACAGAGUCCAUGCCGCGCUGCAGCGAGGCCUCCAAGUCAUUCAUGUGCCCGCCGCCAGCGGCCGCCUCCUGAGGCUUAGGCUCCUCGGUCUUCCAACCACCCUGCUGGUUCUCGGGGAUGGGGACGUUGGUCUGCUGGGCCAUCUGCUGCUGCUGGGCAGCGUGGGCCUGGGACUGUUGGCGGACGGUAGCGCGGAAGCGGAUGACCUCAUCGAGAAUCAUCUUGCGCAUCUCCGGGACGUCGUCGACGACUUCGAAAGUGAAGUCGAAGGUGGUUGGGCAAGUGGGCUCGUCCGAGGCAUCGUGCCAGAUGUGCAGGUACGGGUGCUCGAGGGCCUCCUCGACGGAGAUACGCGAAGAUGGGUCGAAGGCAAGCAUGCGGUCCAGCAGGUCCAGUGCAUCCGGGUUGGCGUUGGGGAAUAGUCGCUGGAAUGGGAUCUUGGGCAUGAAGGGCAGGUUGCGCACGUAUUCCUGGGCACGGGGCGAUCCAAUACGUGCCAGGGUCUCCUCGUUGGGGGUACCCAGGUAGUGCAGGAUCUGGUUCAGCUGAUCGACGUAGUCACGGCCCUUGAAGAAGGGACGUCCACCAAGAAGCUCGGCAAGGAUACAACCGACAGACCAGACAUCAACUAUCGUACAAUUGUUAGCUUCUUGUUCCCUUCCGGGCGUUGGGAACGAGCCAUAGAGGGUGGUAAGAGAGGCACGUACUUGCUUUGGUGUAGCUUUGGAAGCUUAACAUGAUCUCGGGUGCACGAUACCAUCUUGUUGCAACAUACUCGGUCAUAUAGCCAGCAUUCUCCUCCGGAUCAAUCGAGAAACCACGAGCCAGACCAAAGUCACAGAUCUUGAGCUCGCAGUCCGCAUUGACGAGCAGGUUACCGGGCUUUAGAUCACGGUGCAGUACGUUCGCCGAGUGGAUAUACUUCAGACCGCACAGGAUUUGAUAAAUGAAAGAUUGGAAGUGUGCAUCGGUCAAAGGCUGGCCCGAACGGAUGAUAGCCGCCAGGUCACACUCCAUCAAUUCUGCAAUAUUAUUAGAUGGGGACCUUUUUAAAUGCAGACAGGAUGAUCUUUUCGUACCCUCGUAAAGAUAUGUCUCGUUAAAUUGGUCCGGGCGGGGAAUAUCCAUAUCGUAUA